AUGAUGCAGAUGGGCAGCCUCGUCGUGGUUGCCAUGAGUCAGGGCUGUCCAUCCCUCCCUCUGCCGCCACGGUGCGACGUAUGGAGCGACGUCGGCGACGGCAGCUGCGCGGACACCUUCGAGUGGCCCAUCGGCGAGAAGACCCUCCACGAGUGUGGGGUGGAGUGCGCCCGGUACCGCAACUGCAAAGGCUUCGCGUGGAGCGAGGAGCAGGGCUGCAUUGUGCUCGGCGCCCUGGCGGAGGCCACGGGAGCCAGCCCCGGCUGGCAGCAGUACGAGAGGGUGCGCUCCGAGGGAGUGUACAUCCCGGUCCUGUCCUCCGCAGCCGUGACGGCGCUCGUCCGUGGCCGGGAGAGGUGUGCCAAGAAUUUCACCAGCGAGUGUGGCGGGGAGUGCGCUUGGGGCGAGGAUCUGUUCAUCGACCAGUGCCUGUGGAAGGUGCUGGGCAUGGAGCGGCGAGAUGCGCUCGACGUGCUCCUCGAGGAUCACUGCGACCCCCCGGACGGGUGGGACGAGUGCAGCAAGGAGGGCCAGGUCGCGUUCCACCCGUUCAAGAGCGUCGAGGCCUACCAGGCUUGCUCCGACCGGGCGCUGCGAAGCGACCUGCUGAGCCCGCGGGCGACGGCCAGUGCUGGAAACCUUUCACGCGCGUUCGCCUAAUUCACGUUUGCGGCGCGCACAUGGGGGUGUGGUGUCGUCGUUGAACGCCCUCACUCUUGAAGAAUAUUCAUUGUUGAUCCCCCCAGCAGUGCACAAUGUGUUUUUCAAUUGAAGUGCCCCCCCCUCGGGGCUCGAACCCAUUUUUACCACUGGAAGUCUUCGUUUUCCAAGUGCGCUGUUGGGUCCCGAGCUACAGCAGUCACG